AUCUUCAAUAAUUUCCAGAAUCUGAGGAAGGGUGAGUGAGUGAGUGAAAGAAAGAUGGGGAUGAAGUUGUUCUUGGUGGGAGGCCCCAUUUGCAGCGAUGGUGUCGCUGGAGUGUCGGGAAGUUGGCUUGAACACUCUCAACAAAGCAGCCACGUCAAAGGGGACGAGUUCCUUGUCUUGAAAUUCGAUGGUGUAUCUGGGUUUUGCAGAAUUACUGUAAUGCAGAAUCAUAUGUUAACUGGUGAAGAUACAGUUUCCUUCUGUAAUUGCAACAAACCAGAAGUCCUUCCUCAGUCCGCAACUGCACUCCGGAAUGACCUGCAAAGACCCGAGGUGGACCUCGGGGGGGGUAGCAGGAGAGAUAAGGGGUGGUAUUAUUUCACCCCGGGGGUAGCUAAUAAGGAGGGUAGGAUUUUAUUCACGGCGGGUCCUUCAUCCAUUAAGGGAUGGAAAGAAAAAUUCUUUUUUGUGGACGACACGGAAUGGGGGAAAGGGGAUGCCGAGGUGAGGGCGUUAUCCUCCUGGAAGGCCAAAAGGGCCAACCAGAAUAAGUUUAGCUUAAAUGAGGAUGAGGAGGAAGAAGUGGGGAGGUUGGUGAGGAAGAGGGGGGAUGUGUUGAAUAUCAUUGACCUCACCAGCGCAGCAUGCAUAGAGGCUGCUGAGCUCUAUGGGCCAAGCGCUCUGAGUGAAGCUGACAUGAAUCAAUUUUUGAAUACUGCUGGAGGGAAGGCCAUCCCCAAGAAGCCAAGGAAAAAGUCAAGGACUUUAACUAAGCAAGUGGAUGAGGGGAGAGCUGAGAGGGAGGUAAUGCCCCUGGCUUCAGCUGAGACGGAGGACGAUGUGCCACCGUUGAAGAGGAAGGGGUGGGAGGAGAGGAGGGCAGCAGAGAAGAAGCAGAAGGUGGUGGAGGAGGAUGAGGGGAACGAGGUUCCUGAAUUCAUACCUCAGCCUCCUGCUGUUGAGCUGGACCCCGAGCUCAGACGGUUGGAGGAGGGGGCUGAGGCGAAAAACGUGAUGGGGGCUAGGUGGUUCAUCAACAACACCUUCCCCGAAGUGGACAAGCGCAAUGCGCGGGAGGAAGCUCUGAGGUACGGGGGAGCAUCUAUUGUGAAGCACGCUCUUGAGAGCGCGAGCUGGGUGAAUGGUCUAGCCCAGGAGUUCAGGGAGAGCCUGAAGGGGCGGGCACUCUUGCAGAGGCAGUAUGACCAGCUGCAGAAGGAGAAGGAGGAGCUGGAGAAGAAAAACAAAGAAUUGCAAGAGUCUCUGGAUGAGGUGGUUCCAACUGUGAAGCAGUUGGAACAGGAGAGGUCGUCCUUGGGCACCAAGCUCGGCUUUGAAGAGACCAAGCGAAAGAUCUCUGAAAGCGAGCGUGAGGCUCUGGCACAAGAAUUAAAGCUGACGAAGGAGGCUUUCUUGGAGCUGAAGGGGAAUGUGCAGACCCUAGUGCACAAUGGGAUGAAGGAGCACAUCGGCAACUUCAUCAGCUCCAGCUCGUUUGACAACAUCGUCAACUUAUACCGGCUGCCAACUGCCAUCAUCGCAUUCACGUACUGCAGGAAGAAGGUGAAGGCAGAAUAUCCCGAAGUGGAUAUUACGAAGAUCACCUUCGGAGAGCAAGAAGAAGGAGUGGAGGAAGAUGGUGAAAGCAUGUCAGCAGACUUCCUGGAGGAUGAAGGGGCAGAGGUAGAGGGAGGCGAGAUGGAGGCAAGAGUGGAGGAAGCUGAAGUGGGUGAGAGCCAACCCGCUCCAGAAGUGGAGAUUCAUCCAGUUCCCUCCGACGAUGAGCAACCUCCUUUGCCAGACGAGCAGCAGCCAAGACAGCCACCUCUUCCAACCGAAGAGGAGCUAGUGGAACCACCUCCUCCAGCAGAGAACUAAUUUUUAUUUGUUGUUUUUAAUUUUUUGUAGAACAUUUAAACAGUUUGUAACACUUUUAUUAUGUUUAAUGAAAUUAUGUAUUUGUUUAUGUUUGGUUUAUAUUUUUGUUAUGUUUUAUGAAUGAAAGAACUGAGAGUAC